UUGGAUUGAUUGAUAUCGCGUUGUUUGUGAGGGUUUCUGACUGAAAAAUGUUCAAGGCGUACAGCGGUGUGAUCUUGCCCCAGCUCUUUGGUUUUCUGAGCAUUCUGUUUUUGGGCAUCGGCCUCAUGCUUACUGGAACGAACAUCAUGAUGACGCAAAAAUCGUACUCUUUCUUGAAGGAUAUUUCUGUGGGUUUGGCCGCUUCUGUUUUCCUGGGUCUCGGAUCGUUCUUCCUCCUGCAGUGGUGUGGUAUAUAUGUCUAAUGAAUAUUGUUUUUCUUUGGUGGUA